AUGUCGACUCUCGAAACUCUCGCGCUCAAGGAUGAGGAUUACGUGGAGCUUCUGCGCAAGCUCAUCAGCGUCUCAGAAAAAGUUCAAAAUGCUCCUAGUCUAGGACUCGUGCCUUCUGAAAACCUCGUCUCUGAUUUCGUCCUGGAAGAGCUGGCACCUUUUAUUGGAUCUACACUUCAUGUUGAGCGCGUUGAAUUUGUACCAGGACGUGGCAAUGUCAUUAUCAAGUACGCACCAUCUUCAGCGUCUUCUGACAAGACACUGGCGCUUGUCGGCGCACAUUUGGAUGUUGUCCCAGCAAACCCUGAAAGUUGGGAGAGAGAUCCUUUUACUUUAACAGUUGAGGGAGAUAAACUAUACGGACGUGGAACCACGGAUUGUCUUGGACACGUAGCGCUUUUGACUUUAUUGUUUAAAGAAUUGGCAAAGCAAGCGAUACAAACCAAGACACAAGUUGUGUGUGUGCUUAUUGCCUCUGAAGAAAAUGGAGAGAUUGAAGGGGUUGGAGUUGAAACGUUGAUGGAAUCUGGAAAAUUGGAUUUUAUCAAGAAUGGACCUGUGUUUUGGAUUGAUUGCUCUGAUAGUCAACCUUGCAUUGGGACAGCUGGAGCAAUUACAUGGUCGCUUAAAGCAACAGGCAAGCUAUUUCAUAGUGGAUUGCCAAAUUUGGGGAUCAAUGGACUCGAAUUGGCUAUGGAUGCUAUGGCGAAAAUCCAAGAGUAUUUUUACAAAGAGUUUGGACCGUUAGACAAGGAAAAGGAGUACAAUUUCUCGUGUCCUUCGACUAUGAAACCAACGCGAAUCGAGUCAUCAGUUAAUGGAUUGAAUCAAAUUCCGCCUUGGACCAAAAUUGCCGGUGACGUGCGCUUGUCUCCAUUUUACGAGAUGAACGAGAUGGUGAGCAAGAUGACCGCCUUUGUAGAAGACCUCAAUACGAACAUUUCGUCCUUGGAAGGCAAGCGCGGACCAGUUUCCAUGUAUACGCUUGAAAGUGAAAGGUGCAAGGGCAUAGUAGAGCUGGUAUUUGACAAGAAUUACUACGAAGGCAUUGCCUGCUCGUUGGAUUCAAUUGGAUAUAAGGCUCUGCAUGCUGCGAUCAAUGAGGUUCUUGGACAAGCGAAACCUUUUUCAAUCAGUGGAAGCCUGCCUCUAGUUCGUGAUAUGCAGCGUGGUGGCUUUGACCUCACACUGGUUGGCUUUGGCAAGAGCUCAGUCUAUCAUGGUGACAAUGAAUAUUGCUUGUUGAGCGACAUGAAGAAUGCCAUGAGGAUUCUAGCCCUCACCAUCGCCAACGUUGAUGCUGUCUAA